UUAUGACUUGAUUUCCGAAUUUGCUCAAAAUUAUUUCUCAUUUUUACUCUGCUCAACAUUUGCUCAAAGUUAUUUCUCAUCCCUGUUCUGCACCCUUUAUUCCUGUUCACUUGUUUGUUCUCUCACUAAAUUCAUCAGCUGCAUGAGAAUAGGGACCAGUUGACCUGCCCUGUUGAUCCCUAUCUCGCGGGUUCCUGGAACAGGGCAUGGCACCCAGGAAGUGCUCAGUGAGAAUUUGCUAAGUGUUGAAUAAAUGAAUACCUACCAUACUGCCUUGCAUGGCUACGUGCUGUCCUUGGUCUGUCCAAACUCCUCCCAGGCUUGGUGUGAGAUCACAAAUGUGUCACAGCUGCUGGCUGCUCCUGUCCUCUACAGGGACCUGAAUUCCAACUUGAGCAUUUCUGCAAAUGUAGAAAACAAAUACAGUCUUUAUGUGGGCCUGGUACUGGCAGUAAGUUCCAGUAUUUUUAUUGGCUCCAGCUUCAUACUAAAAAAGAAGGGCCUUUUGCAACUGGCCAACAAGGGUGUUACUAGAGCUGGUCAAGGUGGACAUUCUUACCUCAAGGAAUGGCUCUGGUGGGCAGGAUUACUUUCAAUGGGAGCAGGAGAGGCUGCGAACUUUGCAGCUUAUGCUUUUGCACCUGCCACCUUGGUCACCCCCCUGGGCGCGCUGAGUGUUCUCAUAAGUGCAAUAUUGUCCUCCUAUUUUUUAAAUGAGCACUUGAACAUUCAUGGGAAAAUAGGCUGCAUAUUAAGUAUGUUGGGGUCAACUGUGAUGGUUAUUCAUGCCCCACAAGAAGAGGAAGUUGCUUCUUUGCAUGAAAUGGAAAUGAAAUUGAGAGACCCAGGGUUCAUUUCUUUUGCUGUGAUCAUUACUGUGGUUGCCUUGGUGCUGAUUUUGUUCGUGGCCCCCAAGAAAGGACAGACCAACAUCCUGGUCUACAUUUCAAUCUGUUCAUUGAUUGGAGCAUUUUCAGUUUCUUCUGUCAAGGGCCUGGGAAUUGCCAUUAAGGAACUGCUGGAAUGGAAGCCAGUUUACAAGCAUCCCCUGGUCUUUGUUUUGCUGGCUGUCCUUGUGCUUUCAGUGACAACACAGAUUAACUAUCUCAACAAGGCACUGGACACUUUCAAUACAUCUCUCGUGACUCCCAUUUACUAUGUGUUCUUUACGUCCAUGGUAGUAACUUGCUCCGCCAUCUUAUUCCAAGAAUGGUACGGCAUGAAGGCUGGGGAUAUCAUCGGGACCCUGAGUGGGUUUUUCACCAUUAUCAAUGGCAUCUUCCUUCUGCACGCUUUUAAAAACACCCACAUUACCUGGAGUGACCUGACGUCCACUACUCAGAAAGAAGUGCUCACUCUGAGUGGCAAUGAAGACAAAUACGUCUUACUAGAGAAUAUAGACUGUUCAAACUCAGGAUAUGAGGAUGACAUUACAUUGUUUAGCAGGACUAACGAAUGAUCAAAGUCUCUACAGACCCUGAACUUGACCCAAUAAGGGGUCUUGGAGAGGAGAAGGAGUACCUGACUCUUGGACAAUUAGGAAAGGUGACAUUUUUAAAGUUCUAACUAAUAAUUUAGAUUUGAGGCCAAAUAGAAAUGCCUGCAUUUUUGCCCAUCACAUUUGGGAAUCGAUAUUUUGAUCAUCCUCCGGAAGACUUCUGCCGUUUCUCAUUUCUACAAACUUGAAAUAUUCCCUGAGCACAAAAGAAGUCCGAGUUAGAUGAGUCUCAGAAUAAUCUCUUCCUUCUGGUCACAGUGUACGUGGUCCUGCCAGGUGGCUCUUCAUUUCUCUGACUGCUAUUCUUAGUCUCACGGUAAGUCAUCGAUAAACUUAACUGUGUGCUGACAAGCCAAGUGUCAAUCAUUCUCUGAUGAGUUAUAGUUUCAAAUUGUGAAAACUGAGGUGUGAGAUUGCUGAUGCACUUUUCCCCCUUCCACAAACGAGACAGCUACAGGGGAGGGUGUUACAGAGGAAAAGAGGCCUGCUCUGCACAUCUGCUCCUUGCAUGUCCUGCUGCAGUGACACACGUCCAUGAAGAGCCGAUGAAGUGUGAUUGUCAUUGAUGGACAUAUCACAGACAUUUGUCACCAACUUAAAAAGGGAAGAAUUGAGGAGGGAAAUAUUUUAUACCUUAGGUAAAGGAAAUAAUUUAUUUUUAUUUUUACAAAGACAAACACCAAUGAUUGUGUUCGUGAGUUCUUCUAACUCAAACCUGAGGAAUGCAAGAUAAAAUUGAGUUUCUGGAGAAGUCCAAGCGAAUUCAGUUUUGGAAUCCCCUGCGUUCAUUUUGUGCCUUUAUUUUAACUACCAUCCCAAAGGUUAUUUUCCUUAUCGAUAUAGAGAUUUUUGUAAAGUAAUUGCUACAUUAUUUUAGGAUCAUAUUGUACACUUAAAUUCUUCUCACAUGUUUAACUCCCAUAGGGUGGGUUUUUCACAAACAGUUUGGAAACAACUAAAAAGAUCUUUGUAAAAAACUGAAUUUAUCAUAAUCAUUCUCUUGAAACUUUGCACUUUCAAGCUUGUUAAGGAAAUUGUAAUUAGUUACAAACCUUUUUGAAAAUAUAUGUCCUACUACAAUAAGUGGUAAAUUGUCUUUAUCUGUGGAAUUUUACCCUGGCCACAUUUUCUAUACAUUUUAUUGAUAAGUGUUUUGAAAGAAUAAGCAGGGGAGUUAACUUCCUAGAAAACAAAGUAUUAAGAUCUCAGGGAUUACUAUAGGGAAAAAAUUUUCGGUAUUAAAACUUAUAUAAAAUGUUCCUGUCUCCAAAUGUGUGGCAAGAAUAACACUUUUGGUGGUCUGUAAUGUUUAUGGACAGAUUUCUCACCACUCGUUGAUUUAAUGGAAAAGGAGAUAUUAGCUAUCUUCUAGACUAAACGUAUUUCUCUCAGAACAAAACAACAAUCCUAACCAAAAAAAAUUGUGACAUUCAAAAAACAAAACCCUUCUGGUUAACUGGAUUUCUCUGUUCUAACAUCAAAUGUUAUUAGUUUUGUUUGUUUGUAACCUAGCUCAAGUCUGUGCUGGGUAAUAAUAGUAAAUAAAUGCUGUUAUUCGGCGUUCUACCAGACCGGCUCUCACGUUCCCCAGUUCUAUGGAACUAGGAUGGGUUUCACAGUGAAGAUCUGAGACGCCUGCCAAGUCCAGAUGCGCCGUUCUAGUCUCCUGCAUAGUUUAGCACUGAGUACAAUGCGACGCAUUCUGAAUUUUUGAACAUUGAUAACCCGUGGAAGGUACAUGAGUCAAUACCUCAGGUCAAAUGUGUGUUUACUCUGUUGACUGCUGUUUCACUUUAAUUGUAUGUCAGAUAAAUAAGCUAUGAAUACACAUUUGUAGAAAAAGGUAGUAUUUAAAAAAUGUGGAAAAUCUUUUAAAGUUUUUUACUUUUUUCUGUUGAAAACUUUAUUGGUGUCUCCAGGAUACCUUCUUGUGAGGACAUUAAUGGCAUCCAACCUGAGGCUGUGAAUUUUUGUGUUGAAUAUUUCUUAAAGGUCACCUGUCACAAAGCUUUGCCCUUGGUGUAUUGUGUUCAGGUUGAAGGUUUCUUGGAACACAAGAACCACGUGUGCCCUGGCUUGGAAAAUAGACUGGUGUUGACACAUACACCCAGGAGAAAAACUGAGAAAAGUUUAAUGAGUUGAAAUAUGUUGAGAAACAAUGAAAUAUUUGAAAUACUCUAAAAAUCCCCAGAGGGCAUACACAUUGAAAACCCAAAAUGCGAGCACAAAUAUUGUCUAAGGAGGAAUAAAAUGCUGGAUCAUAUUUCAGACCAACCAUGUUAGUCUUAACUGGUAGUUUCACAUAUGCAUAUAUUUUAAUAUAUAUACUUUCUUUAUCUCACAUAGAUGAUAUCUGAGGGUUAAUUAUGUGAAUACCUGUAUAUGUGUCAUUAAGGAGUACAAAACUGUCCUCACACAGCCAAAUUGAAAGAUUGAAACCUUUUUCUAAUUCUGUAAACAUGAUAGUUUCACUUUAUUUUUUUGACUUGUAAAUUUAUUCUUAGGUCAAUGGUUAAUGAUUUUGUUUUUAGUUCAGAUUGCAGAAUGUUCAUAAAACCCUUCAGAUUUAGCAUUGUGAAAAUAAUGCCUUUAUAUUAAGAGCACUAAAUCAAAUACAUGGAAAGCACCCCGUAUCAUGCCCAACACAUGAAGCAUUUAAUAAAGUUUAUUCUCUUUAAAUCAACAUCUUAAUUUUAGUCUUAUUACUAGAUACUAAGGACCAUUAGUUGCCCAUUUUUAUACUACAUUCUUCAUUUUUUUCAAUUUGUGUACAGUAGCUCAUUUUAAGUAAUACAGAUGAGAAUGAAUCCCAUCAUUAUACUGUCCCAAC